CCAACAGUUACCUCAUAAAUGCGACUAUUGGUUACGAGUUUGAGACUCAUCGUGCUUUUCCAAGUAUCAAAUUUCAUUUAUGGGCUUCCGUUUGAGCAUGGAGCCUCCUCUUCCUCCUCAUACAACUUGAGAAGAAUCCGCCAAUCCUGCAAGUCAAUCAAACACAAGCUCACCCACACAGUUCGGUCGGGUGUGAGACGGUUGAAUAGAUUCGGUUCGACUUCAGCUGGACCUCAUGAGGCCGGAGUAUGUUCGAUCUGCAGUUCUUCCAUUUCGGAUCGUCAACAAGCGAUCAAGUGGCCCACUUGCAUUGAGGGCCAUACCGCCCACAAAGAUUGUGUGGAUCCCCGAAACAUUGAAGAAUCUUCAUGCCCCUGUUGUCAACCAGCAACUCCCAGCAUUCAGAAAGAAGCAGAGCAUCGAGACACCUUUGAGCCUGAGCAACUCAAAGUAUGUUCGAUAUGUCUCGAAGAAUUUGAUAUUGAAGAUGUCCGGAUGAAGUGGCCAAGUUGUGCCCACCCCUUUCAUCAAGAUUGUGUAGAAAAAUGGCGCGAAACACAUCUUACUUGUCCCCUCUGUCGAUCUGAAGAUGAAAAGUUGAGCAAGGAACGGGCUGAGCUUGAAGCUCAAAGGCGAGAGGAAGAGAGAAGUCAUGGAAUCAUUAAUGGCGUGCCUCUUUUCGGACACUUCUUGCGUCGAUUAUCGGAGAUCGGAUCUCCAAGAAAUGAACAGGAAGCGGCAGAAAUAGCUGAUUUGAGACUCUUCUUCCAAAGAAGAGAAGAGCAGACCCAAAGCAAUCUCCAAGCAUUGGAUCAAGCUGAAAUCCCUACUAGAAAUGUGAGUUGA